AUGGAGAUUUCCAGCGAGUCAAAGCGAUCGUCCAUUCAUGUUCAUGGCACAAGGCCAAGCAAUAGCGACCAUGCUACGGACUCCAUCGAGUACUCGGCAAUUCUUCGUAAAGUUGACUGGCGCGUUGUCCCCAUUAUGCUUGCUUGUUACUUCCUAGAGUUCCUUGACAAAGUACUUAUCAAUUAUGCGAACAUUAUGGGCUUACAGGAUGAUUUGGGCAUGGCCGGCAAUGACUUCAGCUUGAUGGCAACUGCAUUCUUUAUUGCGUUCGCCGUAGCAGAAAUCCCUCAGGGGUAUCUACUACAGAGGUUCCCUUUGGCUAGGGUGUUAGGGCUUAAUUUGCUUUGCUGGGGAAUCCUCGUCGCCUGCAUGGCCGCCGCCCAGAACUACGCCCAGAUCCUCGCGAUUCGCAUAUUGCUAGGCUGCUGUGAAGCGGUUAUUUCGCCAGCACUGGUUAUGUUAACAUCUACGUGGUAUACUAAGCGCCGCGCAGCUCCUCGUUAUGGUAUCUGGUACUCCGGCCUCGGUGCGGGUCAAAUCGUUGGAGGCCUUAUCUCAUUUGGGGCUCAGCAUGGCCCAACGACUGGCUUCAGUGGAUGGCGCAUCAUGAUGGUCGCCGUUGGCAUCUUCAACAUUCUCAUCUCACUUGUCGUCCUCAUGUUUCUUCCUUCGACUUUGGAUGGAGCCAAGUUUCUCCGGCCAGACGAGAAAGACUCGAUCAGACGCAUGCUCAUUCUCGACCAAGCAGGGAACGGACAAAAAGUCUUCAACAAGAAAGGGCUCUUCGAAGUUCUCAUCGACCCGCAAGUCUGGUUACUGACCCUCCUUACCGCUCUGACCGUCAUUCCAAGCGGUGUCAUCACGACCUUCUCGGCGAUCCUGAUCAAAGGAUUCGGCUACGACUCCAAGCAGUCCGCUCUACUCAACAUUCCAUCAGGCGCCGUCAGCAUUAUCGCCACUUAUGGGUCAACAUAUGCCGUCCUCAAGGAAACACCCCGCUGGGUCAGCAUCAUUAUCACCCUAGUGCCUGCACUUAUCGGAGCAGGUCUCAUGUCUUUCCUCCCACAAAACAACCAAGGCGGAAAGCUGGCCGGCAUUUACCUCCUCAAUACUACCGUUGCGCCGUUAGUGCUUAUCUAUUCCUGGGUGGGUGCCAACACCGCCGGAUAUACGAAAAGGAUAGGAGCCAACGCAAUGAUAGCGGUUGGAUUCAGCAUUGCCAAUAUUAUUGGACCGCAGACAUUCCAAACCAAAGAUUCACCCCAAUAUAUUCCCGCUAAAAUCACACUUUUCGUCGUUAUCGGGGUGGCUAUCUUCGUCUCGGCGCUCCUCAGGGUACUUUAUGCCUACUAUAACGCAUCAGCCAGACUUUAUCAUGAUUCCCGGCUUUCUGAUGGAGCGACAGAGCAUGAAAUCGCUACAGCCGGACAGGGCGAUUUGACUGAUCGGGAAGACAAAGGCUUCUUAUAUGUAUAUUAA